CGUAGACAGGAAACUGGCGAGGCAUGAAAGAACAAAAACUGGCCAAUCCUACCAGGGAAUAGCAGAACAUAACAGACAGCCGAGCAAAGCACAGGUCUCAGAGACAACCAUUGCUAUCACCCUUGUUUUGAUCGUGACGCAAGUAUGACAAGUACUGACAAGAAUUUGUUAGCUUCGGUGAGUUCUAAAUUCACUGAAGAAACCCUACGAAGUGUUUUGGUAAGACUGACUGGUGACCUGGGGGCUGUUGUUUCCGCUUGGAAUGUUGAACCUGCCGCUGGAAAAGGCGAUAAUUACCUUUCGGUUGUCAGUCGUGUAACAAUCGGCGGAAAAGUUCAUGGAAAACCAGUGCAAAGUACUGUUAUCGUCAAAGCCAUUCCCACAAACAAAACGCGUAAUUUGAUAUUCAGAAGUAAGGACUAUUUCAAGAAUGAAACUGCUUUUUAUACUAAGGUCAUUGCUUUAUUUGAAGAAUUCUUGACGAAGAAAGGCAAGCUUGAACUUCUGAAUGUUCCGCGAUGCCUAGGUUAUUUCGAGGACGGGGAGAACGAUUUUAUCGUAUUAGAAGAUGCCAAAGCCAAAGGAUUUGCCGGUAUUGACCGGCUAAAGGCCUGGAAAUAUGAGGAUUGCAAGGUCAUCUUCAAAGCCCUGGCUCAAUACCAUGGAAUCUCAUUGGCUAUUCUGCAACAGCAUCCGCAGGAGUUGCUCAAUGCCACCAAAGAUCUUUCAGAACCAUUAUUUAGUGACAAGUACUGGGAUUGGUAUGGAAGAUACUAUACCUUGAGUAUUAAUGCCGCUCAAGAUGCCAUGGCCAAAGAAUAUCCAGGAACUCCGCAGGAGGAAAAAUUCCGUACCAUGACGUCUCGUAAAUUGUUUACCAAGUGCGUUGAAUUAUUAGAACAUAAGAAUAAAUCAGUUUUCGUGGUGAAUCACGGGGAUUCAUGGGCUACAAAUUUCAUGACCCGAACGCUUCCCAAUGGAGAGCAGGACGCCAUAAUCUUCGAUUUUCAAUUGGCUAGGUGUGCCAGCCCUGUCCACGAUCUUGCCUAUUUUGUUUACACAGUAACCGAUAAAGAUACGAGAGACCAAUAUUUCCAGAGUCUGCUUAAAUACUAUCACGAUGAAAUGGGACAAACUAUGGCACAGCUGGGUGCCAAUAUCGAUGGAAUCUUUCCCUUCGAUGUGUUUAUGAAAGAGGUGAAAGAACAAUUCGUUUUCGGUUUUGCGUUUGGUUUGGAGACCCUACCGAUGUCGAUGCUCUCUGCGGAAGAAUCAUUCGAUCUGGACGAAGCAAAAGAAGGUGAAACAUUAAAUAUUGCCGAUGUCUGGGCUCUGAAACCCACCGAGAAUAAGGUGAACCGCCGCCGCCUUGCCGACGUUGUUAAACACGGCAUAGAUCAAGGUUUUUUGUAAACAAUGAGUGCCUCUCUAAUGUAAUUAUUUUAUGUAAAUUCCUUAGCCAAUUUUAAUAUAGGUGGAAUCUCAUUGUUAUUAUGAUAGAGCAUAAUUUGAACUUUGAUAAAAUGUAGUUUAAAUAUGAAAAUAUAUUCGUAUUGGACUCUUUAAAACAA